CGGGUCGACUGAAUACAAGGUAGAGAUACAGACAAGAUCCCAAGAUACUUUUAGAGCUACCAUUACAUGCCACAAGUAGAGCCACAAUUACCGACCGCAUAUACCAGCUGCAACCGGAUCUGACGAACACCCCGAUCGGCCACGCGAUCACCUCGACCAUGAGCGGUGCUGAGGGCGAUAUCUCGCAGGUUGACCAACCUGUCAUCGUGCAGGACAGCCCGGAAGUGAGAGCUCCCACCGAUUCUGCUCCAGAUGCACCUGCAAAGGACGAUAUUGUUGCCAAAUCGCAGCCGCCGCGUAACGAACAAUCGAAUGAAGACACGAUCACCCCGAUGCCUACACCCUCACCACACCGAACCCGUUCGAAACCAAAGAAGGGGAUCCUUAAACCACCACGCCCACCCGUCAAACCAGGAUUCAGUGGGAAACUUCGAGACGCGCUCGGAUCGAUUCAUCCCAAGUUUCUCGAUUACGCUGCACCGGGCGGGAACGUCAACGGACAGGUAGCGGCUGCUGCGCAUGGGAUAGCAGCUGGACCCGUGGGGAACAUAGCCAAUGGGGUCAUUGAAGGUGCUGGAGUCAUAGGAGGUGCGGUAGGAGGUGCAGCAGCGGCGGUCGUAGGGACGUGGGGCGGCAAGUUGGGGAGGUUCGUGGCUGGGGCAUCGGCUUCGUCGUCUGCCAAUCAGACGACGGGUAAUUCAGGAGGACCGUCAUUACAACUCCCUUGGAAGCUCCAGACCGCCGGAUCGUCUCCAUCCUCGUCCACGGCUCAAGAAAAGGCCAUCGAGCCUAACGGCGCUGCUCGUCUAGAGUCUGCCUUGGCAAAACCCCUAUCAGCGCUAUCAACCAUAACCCUCGGCUCUGCCCAAUCUCCUCUUCCCCUUAACCAGAAUAUCGACCCCGAUACUCACAAACCCCUUAAACGAGCCUCUUUCCUCCUUCCGCUCAUAUCCAUAACCUACCCCAUCUCUUCUACCAACCCGCCUUGGUCGGACAAGAUCCUCGCUGAUCGGGACGAGAUCGAAAGGACCAAGAAUGCUGAAGUCGCGAGUGUCAUGGAGAAAGAGUAUUGGACGAGAGGGAAAUUAGUACAGCUCUAUGAGACGGCAUGUAAGGGACGGGAAGAGCUGGUCAGGAAGGGUGUGGUCAACGGUUUGAACCAAGCGACAGAUGAUGGAUCGUCACCCCGCCAACUCCUCCUCACUUCCAACUUACCAGCCCCGCCCGCUUAUUGGUUCGUAGAUCCUCCGCUGAACAAACACUCCGCAGAAGCUCUGUCCGAUAUCUUGGCCCUGGAAUGGGGAUUGUCGAGAUUAGCGCUCGAUGGGGGGAUUAUCGAUCAUGACGAUGCCUUGAAACCGAUACUACAUGCGUUGUUGAUAUCUGGUACAUUACCACAUCUGAGUAUUGCUGGGAACCGCAAGAUCAAGGCGCCAGGUUGGAGGAUGGUAGCCGCUUACGUUCGGAAGGCAAAAUCGCUACGGUUCCUGGACUUGUCGGAUAACCUGAUCGAUAAACGAUCGGCCGACUACCUUGCCCAGGCUUUCCUGGACUUUGCUUCAUCUCCUUACACAGCCGCAGAUUCAACGAAGCCUACCGAGGAGGAGGAAGUGCGAGAGGCCGAUCAGCUUGGAAGAAGAGGUUUCAAUCUCGGUCGAGCGUCGUCGUUGAGCGAGACUCGGGAGAGAUCGGUUGGAUUGCAGACGUUACGUCUGGAUGGAUGUAGUCUCCGGCCGACUAGCCUCGAUGCUAUUAGCUAUUCGCUGAGACGAUCGAACUUGAAGAACUUGUCUAUGCGGAGAAACCGGAUCAAUGCGACGGGUGCGGUAGCGAUCGCGUUGAUCAUUCGGGAUUAUCCAGAUAAUCGGCCAACCACCUCGGCCAUCAACAGUGGAGGUGUUUCAAAUGGCGACGCUCUGUUCUCUCGGCUGAACGGGGACUCUAUGCGAGCUGGGACGCCAGACAUAACGGAAACGCCCCGUGAUUUCCCUGUCCCGCCAAUACAUCCUUCGGUGGCGGCGGGUACGGAGCCGGAGAAGCUUGGACCGUUGGUUACUCUGGACAUCAAGGGCAAUGAGAUUAGGGGAGGAGUAUCAUACAUAGCACAAGUGCUUAAGCGAAACAAAACGCUCAAAGUUUUGAAUUUGAGUGAUAACAAGAUCGAUGCAGCAGGUCUGCAGGUGUUAGCACAGGCUUUGAAACUUAAUAAUACGCUGGAAACGCUGGAUCUCAGCCAAAACCCUUGUUGUGGGCCGGUUUUGGACGGAGUGAUCGCUCUGAAGUCCGCUCUCGCAAACAAUACCAGCCUCAAAAGGCUGUACCUGGGCUCAACCGGGAUGACUACCGAUGGCGCCGUGGUCAUGGCAGAGGGAUUGCACGAGGCGCGACAUGUCUUGCAUAUCGAUUUGACUGGCAAUGUGGCAAUCGGCAGCGAUGGCGCCUCGGCACUUAGCGUCGGGAUUCGAGCCAACGCUACCAUCCGAUGUCUCGACCUGACGAUGGACCAUGCAGAUCCCGCACAGGCGGAGCUGGCUCAGUCCUUGAUGCAGUGCUGUAUCCGCAACACUGAGGCCGCCAUCGAGGCACGGGAGGGCAAGAUAUCGCAGGGAGUCAGGGAUGCGAUGUGGGCGUCGAUUCGAGAGUCGGCGUUGGUUCGACAAGCAAAGGAGCAUGAGGAGCAACGUAACUUCGAGGCCGUGCGCAAGACAGUCGAUACACCGGCGGGUUUGGCGAGGAGCGAGGUCUACACGCUGAAUCCUGGAGCUGUACUCAAAGCAAUAGACGAGGUCGCCCAGUACCUGCAAGGUUUCAACGCGAAGCACAAGGAGACUCCGGUUGACGCAACCGAAAAGCAGCGGGCCGUGGGUGCAGUUGAGCAGGCAAAAGCUCUGUUGGAGCGAGUAGGCGAUCUUAUCCAGGAGACGGACGAUUCCACCCGGCUGGAACGUUUGCUGGCUGCCAAUGACGUGGUCACCCCCCUUGUCAUCGAAUCCGAGGUCAUUUUGGCCGGCACACAGAAGCGCAAGGUCAUUCAGCUGCAAAGCAAACCCGCAACGUCGUCAGUGAGCACUCCAUCACCCGCUCGGACUGCCGCCAUGCCGCCUCGUCGACACAUGCGGAUGCCUUCGCACGAACUAUCGAGUCCCAACUUUUCCCUCACCAACUCGGACGAUGACGAUUCGGAUGCAGAGGAGCUCGCCGAGCCGAAUGUCGUACAGCAGACCAAGUCGGCUCCCAACGCCGCCGUCGUUGGAUCUUUGCCCUUCGUCAAGAAGAAGCCGAUUCCGCUGAAUGGGUUGCAAUUGGGUUCGCUCAACGCCACCACGCGGCAGGGUGAUCAAGCGGGCUUCGGCGAACAAGCAGCAGAUACCGACCAGGCAGCGGAUCCCCUGCCUUCGCCGCUCGAGCGUGUCAACAAGGAUUGGCUUGAAGAGGAGGGAGAAAUCUUCCGCAAAGGGUUCAAACUCGGUGUGGCGGAUGAGAUUGAGGAGAGAGAAGAUAAAGCAGAAUCCGGCAACGUCUUGAAACAGAAGAUCCUUGAAACCAAUGUCGCUAGGACACCACACCGACCCAUUCAGCAACAGCUAGAUGAGGACGACAGCACGACUGAUGACGAUGACUGAGCGCGGUUCCUGUACUGUAUUUUCACGAAAGCAUCACGCACAGUAAUGAGACCGAACACAGAUUCCAAUCUCCAUGUUGUUCAAGCGCCUCUGGGGGUAGUAUCGCUCUGCGCUCAACGCGCUCAUCGAUCCUAACACUACUGGUCCAUUGCCAUCGAUUAUCGAUUCUCGGGAACAUGAUACUGGCUAUGAAAUGUAGAUUACGAAUUGUUACAACAUGGAAGUUCACGAGAUUGAUGUUACAUUGAGC